GGAGUACACGUAACUUUUGAAUUUUGACUCGAUUAAGCUUCUGCCCGAGAAUAUGAAAUAGUGAUUCCACAAAACCUCAUAGCCCCUCUUACAACCGCAGUCCUGCUCCCUACCUUUGCCACCCUCCUCCCUUCACUGUUCAAGUUCAUCAAAUUUCUGGGUUCUGAUUAUACGAGAGUUCAUUGAGGUGCAAUGUCGGUUGGUUCAUCAAACUUCAUAUCACAUUUCUACGGCACUACUUUAAAUGAGACGAACUUGAGCAGGCAAUGGAAUUGCAAUUUUGUGCGUGUAUGUAAGGCCGUAGGUUUUUCUCAAACCAAAGAUGCUGUAAGAGUCACGAAUUUGUACCUGUCGAACCAAUGUAAUGAUGCUUUCCUUGUGAAAUGCUAUAAUGAAAAAUCUACAAAGACAGUGUCCAUUCCAGACGAUAAUGAAGUUUUAGAGGGGUCUGGAGAUGAUAACGGGAAGAUUCCACCAGAAAAUGGAGAUUAUGGCCGUGGCGGCGGCGGUGGCGAAGGGGGUGAUGAAGAUGAAAAGGAAUUUGGUCCACUUUUAAAAUUCGAGGAUGUGAUGAGAGAGACUGAGAAACAUGGGGCAACUCUUCCUUCAGAUUUACUGGAAGCUGCCAAAACUACAGGGAUAAGAGAACUAAUACUGAUGCGAUAUUUGGAGUUGCAGGGAUCAGCUGGCCCACUAGGCUUUCUGAUGAGGCAUUGUUCAAUGCUCCGCAACAGGAUGUUAGCAGAUCCUGCAUUCUUAUUCAAAGUUGGGACUGAGAUAGUUAUAGAUUCUUGUUGUGCAACAUUUGCUGAAGUUCAGAAAAGGGGGAAAGAUUUUUGGAACGAGUUUGAGUUGUAUGCUGCAGAUCUUCUGGUAGGUGUGGUUGUCGACAUAGCCUUGGUUGGUAUGCUAGCACCAUAUGCUCGUAUUGGGCAACAAACAGUAUCAAAAGGAUUUCUGGGACGUUUCCAGCAUGCUACUCGUACCCUACCUAGUAGUGUCUUUGAAGCUGAAAGACCAGGAUGUAGGUUUUCAGUAGAGCAAAGAAUUGCAACAUACUUCUACAAGGGUGUACUAUAUGGGGCUGUUGGAUUUGGAUGUGGAAUAGUUGGCCAAGGAAUUGCAAAUAUGAUCAUGACUGCUAAACGGAGCAUAAACAAGUCAGAUGAUGAUAUACCUAUUCCACCACUCGUGAAAAGUGCUGCACUCUGGGGUGUCUUUUUGGCCAUCUCCUCCAACACACGAUACCAGAUAGUAAAUGGACUAGAACGUGUUGUUGAAGCAUCACCGUUGGGAAAGAAGGUUCCGCCUGUUGCAAUGGCUUUCACAGUUGGUGUACGAUUUGCCAACAAUAUAUAUGGUGGUAUGCAGUUUGUGGAUUGGGCAAAAUUGAGUGGUGUGCAAUAGUCUGACCAAAAGCUUCAUUGGCGCACCCAUGCUCGACUUGGGUUUCAUGUUCUCAUACUGGUUCAUAGUGCCACGUAGCAAAUAAGAGAUGUUGAUUCAGUUAUGCUCUAACUUUUUUUCCAAAUAAAGACAGUGCUCUGUCCAUGACAAGAAGCAGAAGGGCAGGUUUUGUAGUUGUUUGUGUAAUCUUUCUAUUUUCUCCCAUGUUCAGUAAAGAAACACCUGACUGUUAGGUGUUAGGUGUUAGAUAAUGGAAACAUUUUAUUAAUAACAUCUUCAAAAACGGCUACCAGAUAUCGUCCCACAGCUAGAAGAAGAUCACUGCAGCGUGACUGAAUAUAGAGCAGUAAGGUGUCUUGCAAUAUACUGUAAAUGCAUUGUUGAUUACUUGAUUCUGGUAAAUCUUUUUUAUUGAUGAGCCUUUCACAA